CGAAGCGUCGACUCCCAAAUAGCCUACUGGCAAGAAUGUAUUGAGAACUGUAUGAUCUGGAACAUGGAAUAAUCACAGCUACCUCUGAAUAGAGUAGCAGAAUCUUCUACUACAUAUCUAAGGAAUAUAACACCAUCAUGAAAAGGCAACAGAAAGAACCUAACACCAUAGUGAAAAAACAAGAGGAGAAGAUUGACUAUGAACUUUACUGCCAGUACACUCGGGUGUGGAUCCCAGACCCAGAGGAUGUGUGGAAAGCUGCAGAGAUCAUCAAAGACUACACAGAGGGAGAGCCCAUACUGCACCUCAAACUUGAAGAUGAAUCGCCGUUGGAAUACCGCAUUGGACCCAAAGACAACGCUCUUCCCUUCCUCCGGAACCCUGAUAUCCUGGUGGGGGAGAAUGACCUCACAGCCCUCAGCUACCUGCACGAGCCUGCUGUCCUGCACAACCUCAAAGUGCGCUUUACCGAGUCCAAUCACAUCUACACAUACUGUGGCAUUGUGCUGGUGGCCAUCAACCCCUACGAGCAGCUGCAGAUCUAUGGAGAGGAGGUCAUCAAUGCCUACAGUGGGCAGAACAUGGGAGACAUGGACCCACACAUCUUUGCUGUGGCAGAGGAGGCAUACAAGCAGAUGGCCAGAGAUGAGAGGAACCAAUCCAUCAUAGUAAGUGGGGAGUCGGGGGCAGGGAAGACCGUCUCUGCUAAGUACGCCAUGCGGUUCUUCGCCACUGUGGGAGGGUCGGCCAACGACACCAAUGUGGAGGAGAAGGUGCUGGCCUCCAGCCCCAUCAUGGAGGCUAUUGGAAAUGCGAAAACCACUCGCAAUGACAACAGCAGUCGUUUUGGGAAGUACAUCCAGAUUGGUUUUGACAGGAGUUAUCACAUCAUUGGAGCCAACAUGCGCACGUAUCUGCUGGAGAAGUCAAGGGUAGUCUUUCAGGCUGAGGAUGAGAGGAAUUACCACAUCUUCUACCAGCUGUGUGCCUCGGCUAGCUUGCCAGAGUUCGAAGACCUAGCCUUGACCAGUGCAGAGGAUUUCAUCUUCACAUCACAGAACAUCUUCAUUGAGGGAGUUAAUGAUGCUGAGGACUUUUGCGAAGGCAGAGAAGCCUUUGCGUUACUGGGUGUUAACGACAGCAAUCAAAGCAGCAUCUUCAGAAUCAUAGCUUCCAUCCUGCAUCUGGGAAACGUGGAGAUCUGCUCUGAGAGAGACGGAGACUCCUGCCACAUAUUAAAGAACGACCCUCACUUGACACAUUUUUGCCAGUUGCUGGGGGUGGAGCUGGAGCAGAUGGAGCACUGGCUAUGUCACAGGAAGCUGGUUACCACGUCAGAGACCUAUGUCAAGAACAUGUCCCGCAAACAGGCGGCUAACGACGUGACCUACGCCAAACACAUCUAUGCGCACAUGUUUGACUGGAUUGUGGAGUAUGUGAACAAGUCCCUGCACACCUCCUCCAAACAACACUCUUUCAUUGGUGUUCUGGACAUCUACGGAUUUGAGACCUUUGAGAUAAACAGCUUUGAGCAGUUCUGCAUCAACUACGCCAAUGAGAAACUUCAGCAGCAGUUCAACCAGCAUGUGUUCAAGCUGGAGCAGGAGGAGUACAUGAAAGAGCAGAUCCCCUGGACGCUCAUCGACUUCUAUGACAACCAGCCUUGUAUCGACCUCAUAGAGGCCAAGCUGGGCAUCCUGGACCUGCUGGAUGAGGAGUGCAAGGUGCCAAAAGGGACAGAUCAGAACUGGUGCCAGAAGCUGUACGAUCGCCUUUCAAUCAGCGUCCAUUUCCAGAAACCACGGAUGUCCAACACAUCUUUCAUUGUCAUUCACUUUGCUGAUAAGGUUGAGUACCAGUGUGACGGGUUCCUGGAGAAGAACAGAGACACUGUCUACGAGGAACAGAUUAACAUUCUGAAGGCCAGCAAGUUCCAGCUCGUGGCAGAUCUGUUCCAGGACACUAAUAAAGACAGCAGCAUUUCCACGUCUUCCUCCAGCAAGUCCUCCAGGGUCAACGUGCGGGCGGCCAAACCAACACCCAAAGUCCCCAACAAGGAGCACAGGAAAACUGUGGGCCACCAGUUCCGUAGCUCCCUGCAGCUUCUCAUGGAGACCCUGAAUGCCAACCCCCACUAUGUGCGUUGCAUCAAGCCUAAUGAUGAGAAGGAGGCAUUCUCGUUUGAGUCUAGGAGAGCUGUGCAGCAACUGAGAGCAUGUGGAGUCCUAGAGACCAUCCGCAUCAGUGCUGCUGGGUACCCAUCAAGGUGGACGUACCCAGACUUCUUCAACAGAUACAGAGUCCUCAUGAAGAAAUCAGAUAUGACCAUAGGAGACAAGAAGCUGGUGUGUAGGAACCUGCUGGAGACCCUGGUCAAGGACCCAGACAAGUUCCAGUUUGGUAAGACCAAGAUCUUCUUUAGAGCGGGCCAAGUGGCCUACCUGGAGAAGCUGAGGGCAGACAAGUUCCGCUCCGCCUGCAUCAAGAUCCAGAAGACGGUGCGAGGCUGGCUGCAGAGGGUCCGCUACCAGAAGAUCCGGAAGUCUGCCAUCAACCUGCAGAGAUAUGGCCGUGGUUACAUGGCCCGCAGGUAUGCGGAGCAGCUGCGUCUAACCCGCGCUACUCUAAUCUGCCAGAAGCAGUAUCGUAUGGUCAGAGAGCGGAGGGACUAUCUGAGAGUGAGACAGGCUGUUGUCACCAUCCAGGCCUUUACCAGGGGCAUGUUAACGCGCAGGAUCUUCCAGGAGUUCCUUCUGCACCACAAAGCCAAGAUCAUCCAGAAGCAUGUCCGAGGCUGGCUCACCAAGAGGAAGUUCAGGCGGGCACGGAACGCCGCCAUCACCAUCCAGUGUGCCUACCGCCGCAUGCGUGCCAAGCGUGAGCUGAAACAGCUGAAGAUUGAAGCGAGGUCCGCACAACAUCUGAAGAAGCUCAACUCGGGCAUGGAGAACAAGAUCGUCCAGCUGCAGAGGAAGAUGGAUGACCAGACCAAUGAUCUGAAGACUCAGAAUGAGCAGCUGGUUGUGGCCAAAGCCUCCCUGGGCUCAGAGGUGAACAAGCUGCAGAAGGAGCUGGAGAUUAUGCGCAGUCGCCAGGGAGACGGCAGUCAGCUGACCUCUCUUCAAGAGGAGCUGGAGAAGCUGAGGGCGGAGCUCCAGGAAGCACACACCCACAGGAAGAAGCUGGAGGAGGAGCACAGCAGCGAGAAGAUGGGACUGGAACAGAGAGUGGUGGAGCUGGAGAGGGAGAAUUCUAUGCUGAAGAGUGAAAAGGAGGAGAUGAACCGAAGGAUUCUGCGCCACUCCAAGAGCACAGAAGACCAGGAGAGCAGUGCAUCCCAGAGUGUGGGUCGGGUCCAGGCAGAGCUGGAUGAGGAGAGGCAGCGCUACCAGAACCUGCUCAGGGAGUUCUCCAGACUGGAGCAGAGAUAUGACAACCUACAGGAGGCCAAGUUCCAACCUGGCCACAGGAGAAACAAUUCUACUCAGAGCAGCCUGGAGUCUGACUCCAACUAUCCUUCCAUUUCUACCUCGGAGGUGGGAGACGCUGACGAUGCCAUCCAGCUCGUAGAGGAGAUGGGAGUGGAGAAGGCAGCAAUGGACAUUGGUGUGUUCAUGAAGCUGCAGAAGCGUGUUAGAGAGUUGGAACAGGAGAGGAAGAGACUGCAAGUCAACCUGGAAAAGAUGGAGGACCAGGCUAAGGGCAAGGGAAUUGAUCCAAAGACCACGUCAGAGCAAGAGAGUGAGGACCUGGCCUACAACAGUCUCAAGAGGCAGGAGCUGGAGUCUGAGAACAAAAAGCUGAAGAACGACCUGAACGAACUGAGGAAGGCCAUCGCUGACCACGCCUCCCAGAACAGCUCCUCCAAUGAGCUGCAGGACGGCUACAACCUGCUGCUUGGCCAGCUCAAAGCAGCCAAUGAGGAGCUGGAAGUGCGCAAGGAGGAGGUCCUCAUCCUCAGGACUCAGAUUGUCAGUGCAGCCCAUCAGAAAGAGGAGACAACCAAUCACAUCGAAACCAAUAACGAGGCUGAAUGGACCAACAGCAAGAAGCCCAUAGACAAGGAGGAGGCUGUGAGGGCCUACCAUGGACUCUGUGAGUCUAAGAACAGAGCUUCAGACUGGGGUUAUUUGAAUGAAGAUGGCGAGCUGGGCCUGGCAUACCAGGGUCUAAAGCAAGUGGCCAGGCUGCUGGAGGCCCAGCUUCAGUCUCAGGCCAGGAAGCACGAGGAUGAGCUGGCGGCGUUCAACACCCAGAUUGAGCUGCUGAAGGAUGACAUAGAGAAGAAACAGGAGAUGCUGAACCACACCAUGUCUCUGUCUCCUGAGGCCCAGGUGGAGUACAGCAUCCAGCAGGAGAUCACCCGCCUCACCAACGACAACCUAGACUUAAAAGAGCUUGUGGAGAAACUGGAGAAGAACGAGAGGAAGCUGAAGAAGCAGCUGAGGAUUUACAUGAAGAAAGUACCAGAGGUGGAAGGUGAGAGAGCUGGAGCAUCAUCCCAGUCCACCAAGGCCAAGCCACAGCUGACCCGCCAGGUGACUGUCCAGCGCAGAGAGAAGGACUUUGAGGGCAUGCUGGAGUACUACAAGGAGGAUGAGGCCCUGCUGGUCAAAACACUCAUCACUGAAAUGAAGCCCCAGGCUGUAUCAGCCACAGUUCCCUGUCUACCUGCCUACAUCCUCUUCAUGUGCAUCCGCCAUGCAGACUACAUCAACGAUGACCAGAAGGUCCACUCUCUGCUCACCUCCUCCAUCAACGCCAUCAAGAAGGUCCUCAAGAAAAACAAUAAUGACUUUGAGAUGACCUCCUUCUGGCUGGCCAACACGAGUCGUCUGCUGCACUGUCUCAAACAGUACAGUGGAGAUGAGGCCUUUAUGACUCAGAACACAGCCAAGCAGAAUGAGCACUGUCUGAAGAACUUUGACCUGGCAGAGUACCGCCAGGUGCUGAGUGAUCUCUCCAUUCAGAUCUACCAGCAGCUCAUCAAGGUGGCAGAGCACAUGAUGCAGCCCAUGAUCGUGUCGGCCAUGUUGGAGAGUGAGAGCAUCCCCAGCCUGGCGGGAGUAAAGCCCAUGGGUUACAGGAACCGCUCCUCCAGUAUGGACGGGGAGGGCCCAGGGAGCUACACCCUGGAGGCCCUGAUCAAACAGCUGGGCCAGUUCCACGGUGUGAUGGGCGAGCAUGGCCUGGACCCAGAGAUAGCAAGCCAGGUGGUCCGGCAACUGUUCUACAGCAUCAACGCUAUCACCCUCAACAACCUGCUGCUCAGGAAAGACGUCUGCUCCUGGAGCACUGGCAUGCAGCUCAGGUACAACAUCAGUCAGAUGGAGGAGUGGCUGAGGGGGAAGAACCUUCACCAGAGCGGGGCGGUGGUUAACAUAGAGCCCGUUAUCCAGGCCGCCCAGCUGCUGCAGGUCAAGAAGAAGACGUCCCAGGACGCCGAGGCCAUCUGCUCCCUGUGCACUGUUCUCACAAUGCAACAGAUCGUGAAAAUUCUCAACCUCUACACCCCGCUCAACGAGUUUGAGGAAAGAGUCACUGUGUCCUUUAUCCGAAACAUCCAGAAUCGUCUGCAGGAGAGGAAUGAUGUCCCAAGGCUCCUGGUGGACACCAAGCACACCUUCCCUGUCCUGUUCCCCUACACCCCUUCCGCCCUCAGCCUGGAGACCCUGCACAUCCCUGCCAACCUAAGCCUAGACUUCCUCACUCGAGUCUGAGGCUUCAGCGAGGCCUACCACAGGCCUGGUUCUUAGCAAAGAAGAGUAGAGCCCAACAGAGGGCCCUCUAACCUGGGUAACUUACUUCCAGCUGUUGAUCUCAACAGCAGAGGGCGACAAGACUACAGCACUCAAUGGAAGACAAAGAACCUUCCAACUGACCAACAAUGGAGGCUGUCAAGUCUCUGUCUGUGUACAUACAGCAGAAUGUGUCUGUUAUCAAGUCAUCCUUUAUACCUGUCCAUAACUGCAGCUUCCCUUGGUGUCUUCUCCAUUGGACUAUUGAGAUGCUGUGCUUCAAUGAUUAACCAUCAGCUCUGUCCCAUCCAGUCAUUUAUUUUAUUCACUGUAAGAGGUCUUUAUGGUGAGCCCACUGUAAUUAAUUCCUCUCACAGAUUAAUUGAAUCUUUGUAAAUGUGUGCUCUCACACUUCCAUUGACAAAGCAUUCAUUCCCAGUUAGCCACUCUGCCUUGUUCUACCGUGUCAGCCUCUGUCUUCCUCAUGAUGAGUUAAAUCUCUAUGUUCUCAGCCUUACUCCUCUCUAGGAGCAGACAGGAGCAGCACUGCAUUGCAGUGGCUCUGUUUGCACAGCCCUGUAGCUCUUCUGCUCUCUAUCCUUCCUACGCCUUGAGGAAUCCUCAGUCUUCUGAGGCUCAACUUUUAUUUGGUAUCUCACAUAAUAGCUGUUUCUUCUGUGUUCAGAUAAGAGCACACAGUCUCCUGCUACACUACAUGGUCCAGGAAGUCCGAAGCGCUCAACAGAGAGAUGUGUUGUUUGUUUUUACUCUGAAUUAAAUUUAACUGACUCUGCCAUCUCAUUGAAAUGUUCGGUAUCAUCUCAGAAUAAGGAGAAACAAAGCCAAGCUUUAUGUAAGUGAGGAUUAAGUCCGAUAGAUGCAUGUGUCGGUGAAGUUGAGUAGAGAGAAAGUGCAUUUUAAAAUGGGACUAGAGAGGUGCAAUACAUGAGACACUGAGUGUCCUGUGCAGAGUAAGGUAACAGCAAUUCCAGCAGGACAGUCUUAGCCUGGUUCCAGAUCUGUUUGUGCUGUCUUGCCAACUCCUUCAUGGCAUGGCGAUGACUGGCAGGAGAUGGUAAAACGGCACCAACAGAUCUGUGGCCAUGCUAGGACAGUCUGCUGCAGGACAGAGGGAUUCAAUGGAAGUGAGAGACUGUUUGUUAGUAAGUGAGACCAGAGAAAAUGAGAACUGCCACCAGACGGGUAGAGGAAGAGCCACCCAGCUAUCAAACACUACUGAUGAGAGAGGACCAAUGAAAGUUCACAGUACAUUUUGAUCCUAAGUAAUCGAGAGCGGCAUUUGUCUGAUUUCUCAAAGGAAGUCUUCUUUGUUGCCAUUUCCUUGGACUGCCGUUACAGUUGUGAAGAAAAGAGUAUGUGGAAGGUAACUUCAUUAUGAUACUCCGAUAGCACUUUAUCUAAUAAAAGAUAAUGUCUGCAACUCCACUGUGUUGCCGCUCCGUUCUGCCAAUCCUAUUGGAUAGAAAACACUAAUACUGAUGUUGCUCCUCUGUGUAGUUGUACGCUCCUUUUCAAAUCACAGAACCAUUAGCGAGCAUUUCCCCUAGCCUACGUUCAGAGAUAUCAGAGCAGCUUUUACUAGAGCAAAGCCUGUGUGUGAAAGGUCUCUAGCUACUAACAAUGCCAAUAAUGUGUACAGGAGCAUCCCUGAUUCACCUUGUGUUUUGUUUGGAAUAUGUUAAUGUGGUCUGUUUCGUUUUGAAUACAGUUGAGUUUUUUAUGGUAAAGCAGGACAGAGUUUAUGGUAAAGCAGGACAGAGUUUAUGGUAAAGCAGGACAGAGUUUAUGGUAAAGCAGGACAGAGUUUAUGGUAAAGCAGGACAGAGUUUUUCUAACGCUACUACUCGCCCAUUUUGAGUGUAAUUCCUUUUCAGACUCUCUUGUGGGACAUUAUAGCAGAGUUUCAGAGACUGUUGUGGGACAUUAUAGCAGAGUUUCAGAGACUCUUGUGGAACAUUAUAGCAGAGUUUCAGAGACUGUUGUGGGACAUUAUAGCAGAGUUUCAGACUCUCUUGUGGGACAUUAUAGCAGAGUUUCAGAGACUGUUGUGGGACAUUAUAGCAGAGUUUCAGAGACUCUUGUGGGACAUUAUAGCAGAGUUUCAGAGACUGUUGUGGGACAUUAGCAGAAUUUCAGAGACUCUUGUGGGACAUUAUAGCAGAGUUUCAGAGACUCUUGUGGGACAUUAUAGCAGAGAGUUUCAGAGACUCUUGUGGGACAUUAUAGCAGAGAGUUUCAGAGACUCUUGUGGGACAUUAUAGCAGAGAGUUUCAGAGACUCUUGUGGGACAUUGUAGAGAGUUUCAGACGCAGGUUCCGAUAACACCCUCUCUGCUGCUCUCUUCUGUCAGUUAUAAAGAAUUUGGUAUUGCUUAUGUUAAGACUGGAAGAGUAAUGCCGAAACGUUGGUGGUUUACCCACAACAUUACUGGGAGCUUGUAUAUAGAGUACAACUCACUUUAUUUUCAUAGCCUACAGCUUACUCGCCGUUCGUCAGCACCUCUACACAACAUUUUUCUGGGUAUGCGCCAACUCAUGCUUUUUUAUACGACUGGAAGUUCACCACUUUUCACUGCAUUUCACUUUAUGUCAAAACUCACGAUCAUAUACCCAUUAUAUCAUGACGCCAUACACAGAAUAAUAUAUUUCACAGGGGCCACACCCCCAGAGAGGCCUUUAGUCUACAGUUUGAGAAAUGUAUACAUUGUUUGUGUUUUGUAUGUCAUAAGUUUCAUUGCUGAAAUAGAACAGGAGUAAAGGAACUGGUGUGUGAUUAGAGUAUGGUUGCCAGCGUUCAUCAAUUGAUAUGUUGUCCUUAAUUGAAGCGCUUUCUAAAGCAGUGGUCUUACUUGUCCUAAAGUUUAUUGUUGAUAUGUUUUAUGGAAGUGUGUUGGUUGUAUGCAGAAUAGUACAUCUUGUACAAUAUCAAUUUGGUGACAUGGACACAUUUAUUAUGCCAACAUCUCGUUGAAUGAUCGAGGAUUGCGAAUGAUGUUUUUAUGUACUUAAAUGAAUAGAUUUUAGAUUAAGCAUUGAAAGCGCACAAUGAUCUGGUUUUGUGGAUGAGUAAAUAAUAAGUAAAUCCAUCAGCCAAUGGUUUGUAUGGUCGGGGUGAGGUACAGUUUUCCUCUUAUAUCUCUAUAAUUGCUAAACAUAUUUAGUCAAUGGGUAAAAAUAAUAUACAGUUGAAAAUACAGUGUAUUGACUCAGUUUGAACAAAAUGUAACCUCACAAUCUUUCUUAGAAAAAUUGUUGUACAAAAGGUCAAAUAAAAAAGAGAA